GCGGGGCGAACGGCCAAUCGCGGUUGCUCCGCCAUGGCGGCGCCCAGGCCGUGAGGCGGCGGCGGCGGCGGCGGCGAUGUCGGGCCGGGGCGUCUGGCUGCGGGCGCGGGCGCGGCUGCGGCGUUUCCCCACGCUGCUGGCGGGCUGCGGGGAGCAGGCGGCUGCCUACGGCCGGUGCGUGGCCGCGGCGGCGGGCGGGACGGCGGAGCUGCGGAGGGACGUCUGCCUGGAGGAGUUCCGGGCGCUGCGGGAUUGCUUCGCCCGGGCGGCAAAAGCGACGCCGAAGUGACCACGGUGCCGGCCCCGGUGCCCCUCACCCUGCGCACCGGCCUGAAGAUGCUUCGGAAAAAAUAA